AUGGAAUUCAGAUCCAAAUCAUGCAAGGAUCAAAGUUUGCAGAGUGGUGGAAAAGUAGCUCCAACUAGCAUGCAAGAUCUGAGAAGUUAUAGUACAAAUUAUGCAAGUAAUUCAUCUGCUUUUGAUCAAAACAAGGUAGAAAAAAGGAAAAGCAAAUUUGGCAAAGCAUCAAAAAGUUGGAGCUUCAAUGAUCCAGAGUUGCAGAGAAAGAAAAGAGUAGCUGGAUAUAAAGUAUAUGAUGUUGAAGGAAAAAUGAAAGGGUCUUUUAAGAAGAGUUUAAGAUGGAUCAAGAACACAUGCAGCCAAUUAUGGUGA